UCACGAGAGAGAGAGAGAGAGAGAGAGAGAGAGAGAGAGAGAGAGAGAGAGAUGUUUGCCCUGCAGACUCCUCCUCUCACCAUCCUAAAUCCUCGCACUUAAAUAACAUCAGAUUGAAGAGUUUCUCCUGCACCAGGAGUUUCUCCUCCUCCUCAGUAUGGACUUCACCGGGGCUCUCGUGACUUGGCCCCGCAUGCAUCACUUGUUCGCUGUGCUCUGUCUGGUCACUGUUGUUUAUAAACUCAGUCUCCUGUUGGCGAAGAGAAAAGCUGCGUUCAGAAACACCGAGUGUUUCCCCGGACCCCCGGGACACUGGCUGUUCGGACACGUCCUUCAGUUUAAACAAGAUGGCACAGACUUUGACAAGUUGCUGGGGUGGGCCCAGCAGUACCCGUAUGCUUUCCCACUGUGGUUUGGUCCCUUUACUUGUUUCGUCAAUAUUCACCACCCAGAUUAUGUAAAAACCAUUCUGACAUCAACAGAACCAAAAGAUGAUGUGGCGUACAGGUUUAUCAAGACUUGGAUUGGGGAUGGUUUAUUGGUGUCAAAGGGUCAGAAGUGGUUUCGCCAUAGACGGCUCUUGACGCCAGGUUUCCAUUAUGAUGUCUUGAAACAAUACGUAAAAUUGAUGUCAGAUUCUGCUAUAAUUAUGUUGGACAAAUGGGAAAGUUAUGGAGACACCAACAAGUCCUUUGAACUGUUUGAACAUGUGAGCCUUAUGACACUGGACAGCAUCCUGAAAUGUGCAUUCAGCCACAGCAGCAACUGUCAGACCGAGGGUGGAACAAAUGCGUACAUCAAAGCCGUGUAUGAACUCAGUGAUCUGGUCAACCUGCGGUUCAGGACGUUUCCAUACCACAACGACCUCAUUUUCUACCUCAGCCCACACGGCUUUAGAUUCAGGAAAGCGUGCAGGGUUGCUCACAGUCAUACAGAGGAUGUCAUAAGAAAGAGAAAAGAAGCACUGAAGGAAGAGAAGGAGCUGGACCGGAUACAGGCCAAGAGAAACUUGGACUUCCUGGACAUCCUUCUCUGUGCAAGAGACGAGAGUCAGCAGGGUCUGUCAGAUGAAGAUUUACGAGCAGAAGUGGACACCUUCAUGUUCGAGGGCCAUGACACCACAAGCAGCGGCCUCGCUUUCAUCCUCUACUGUCUUUCCUGCAACCCAGAACACCAGCAGAAGUGCAGGGACGAGAUCACGGAGGUCCUGCAAGGCAAGGACACCAUAGAGUGGGAUGAUCUUAAUAAAAUUCCAUACACUACAAUGUGCAUAAAAGAAUCCCUUCGUCUUUACCCUCCUGUACCGGGAAUGGCCAGACAACUCACCAAACCCAUGACCUUUUGUGAUGGGAGGACUUUGCCUGAAGGUUGUCUUGUUGGAACAAGUGUCUAUGGGAUUCACAUGAAUGCAACCGUCUGGGAAAACCCUUAUGUCUUUGACCCACUGCGCUUCCUACCAGAGAAUGUCUCCAAAAGGUCACCUCACGCAUUCGUGCCCUUCUCAGCUGGGUCAAGAAACUGCAUCGGUCAGAACUUCGCCAUGAACGAGAUGAAAGUGGCAACAGCCCUGACACUGAGGAGAUAUCAGCUGACAGAGGACCCCACUUGCAAACCCAAAAUAAUUCCCCGACUGGUGCUGCGCUCACUCAAUGGCAUCCACAUUAAAAUCAAACCUGUAGUAUAGAUACUUGUUUUGAAAAUGGAUUGAGAAAUAACACGUUCCUUUCUGCUUUUUAAUCGUGGGCGAUAGCUGAUUUAAAGCCAGGUCAAACUAAUGAAAAGUGUACUUAUAUUUUGUUUGCCUUUUUGCGUGUUAUGUUUUGAGUAUUGUAGUGUGAACGUUUAAUUUGGAUUAUUUCUAUGAACAGUAAACUGUCACCUUUUGAAGCUAAUACUAAGACUGAGAGACAGUUUCCCCUGAAGUACUUUGAACCAUACCCAGAGUACUUAUGAGACAUUUGUAUAACUCCAGAAUUAAAUGUCAUCAUCCAGGACGUGGUAUCUUAUGUUGAUCUUAUUGACUUGCUUCUGGUGUUUGCUUUGUACACACGUGCAACUCCUGAAGAUACGGCUUGUCAAAGUACUUUCCCGUAAACAAAUUUUCAUCAGGUAUAUCAGAAUACAGGCAAUUCAUAUCGGAGCAAGUACAAGGCAACAGCUUAAAACACCGUAGAGGUUAUGAGUCAAAAGUAAGUCAUUUCUUUAUUUACAGUCAUAUGAUUACAAAAUCCACAGGCCCACAAUGACAAAAAAAGUCACCAGCAGUUUGAAAAAAUGAAACACUGUCUUUUUAUCUCCAAUAUUCAGUCUUUCAUUUAUUUGAAGAUCCUGUGAAACAGCCACUUUAUUAUCAGGGAAAGCAGUGCAUCUCUAUGGGUGACCACCUGCCUGUUCUUUUAACUCUGACCAACCUUUUUUACAUAACUACGAGCCAAGUUUACACUAAACAUGAUCCCUCGUGGUCAAACAACCAGCACUGUCCUUCCUAUCUUUGAACCAGGGCGUGGUCAUUGUUUGGUUUUUCCUCAAAAUCCUGGCUCCUCACCUCUGCUCCUCAUGUGUAAACUGUUGAGUGUCAUAUACCUGCCAUUAACUGGUUGGGGACACUAGCAGGGAUUACCUGAGAGCUCUUUUUACAAGAUAAUUGCCUUGAUAGCCCAUUUAAAACCCUCUCUUUCCUCCAAGAGGAAAUACAAAGAGUAUCAAGGAGGCAUUGUUAAAAUGAAAGCCAUAUACUAGGUGUGAUUACCAUUACUCCUCUCCACCUUUCAAUAAUAGCAAAAAACAACUAAUAAAAGUGAUUGCGCCAUUUCAUAGGAUCGUAUCUUGACUAUAGACUACAUGGUUUACUGUGUGUGUAUUUAAUGCCUAUGACUUAGUUUGGCUCUGUAAAACAAAAAUAUUAACAGUAUCUGCACCAGACUCUGUUGCAUGUGAGAGAUGCUAACAUGCUACAAUACCAUUAAAACUUCCUACAUCCAAA